AUGAAUUCAAAACUCCUUAGAUGCGUGUUGGCUAGCUGCGUCUUUCUACGCGCCAAUGCAGCCCCGCAACAAACACUAGAAACGGUAUUGAUAUCGAACAUCUCCUCCACCACAACCUCAAACGCGAACACAACCACUACAUCAUCCGUCUCCUCCUCCUCCUCCUUCUCCUCCUCCUCCCCCUCCUUCUCGUCCUCGUCCUCCCCCUUCUCCUCCUUCUCCUUCUCCACCCCCACCACCACCACCUGGGAUCCGACCACAUACUUUGAAUACACAUACACUCGAACCAGCGAACUGCCCACUAGUACUGGAAGAAGCAGGCCAACCAACAAUAACACUAUCCAUUACGACCCUUCGCUAGAUAGUCAAGGGAUUUUCGAGUUUGCGCUGUGGGCAAAGAUUGUGAUCCCACUACUGGUGGUGAUAGGGGCGCUGGGGUUCGUCGUGUAUUGUUGGAGAAGCCGUCGGAGGCAGGGGAGAAUGAUUGGGAUGCUGAGGAGCCUAGAUGUGGUGGAGGAGAAAAAGGCGCAGCUGCAGGGGGAGAUGAAGGAUAGCGUGGGGGCGGAGGCGGUGGGAGAUAUGAAUGGGGAUGGGAUGCAGGUAGAUCGCAUCCAGUCUUAUCCGGAGAGGAAUGAUGAGGAGAUGGUAAGGCCGCGUGGACUUUAG